AUGGACCAUGCACGAAUUCUAAGUUUUCUAAACUCUUUACAGAAAUAAGCUUGUACUCAAUAAAUGGAUAAUGCACAAUGUCCCAAGGAAUCUCUGAAGAGUUUAUAUGAGAAAUUCACGAAAGAGUAUUCAUUGCAAAGAGCUAGGGUAAGUAAUGAUGGGAUUAUUGAUUUAGACUUUGAGUAGAGAAGAGAGGGUGGCGAAUCAUUUGACAUCCAAUUCUCUAUCGUACGGGGAAAUAGUAAGUAAAUAUGCUUAAAACAAAAGGAAUUCACAUCUUUAUCUGUGGUCUUCCAAUAGGUUUCACCAAAGAAAGGGGGAGUCUUUUAUGAUUUAGGCAGUGGCAUUGGUAAGAGUGUGAUUGCUGCAUCAUUAAUGCAUUAAUUCGACAUUUGUAAAGGCAUUGAAUUUUUGCGUUCUUUGCAUGAACAAGCUUGCAAGUUAAAGUAAGAAGUGGAAAAACAGAAAUCUCUUAUUGAAGAAGAAAUGGAACAGAUUGGAAUAAAAGAUUAUCAACAACCAAAAAUUGAAUUUAUCAAUGGAGAUUUCCAAGAGGUAUUAUUAAAUUCACGAAAUCAAGUUGGAUUGGAGUGAUGGCACCUUCUUGUUUGCUUCAACUACUUGUUUCGAACCAGAUCUAAUGAACCAAUUGAGUAAGAAGGCUGAAGAUUUGAAGGAGGGAUCUUAUUUCAUUACUGUUACUAAAACACUGGAACCUUAGACUUGUUGGGAUCUUAUCAAGUCUAUUUAGGUGUAAUUGUCUUGGGGGUUAGCUACAAUUCACAUUUAGCAAAAGAAAAUGAAUUAGAUUUAACAAUAAUAAAAAUAAUUAUGAAAUAAUCUCAUUCCAAAAAGAAUCUGACUAGCAGUCUUUACAUAGCUAACAAUUAACAUACAGAACUAAUCGAUUAUCUUAAACAAGAAAACAAGCAAUUAACUGAGUAGUUGAAUGAAUUGAAGGGAUUGCUCUAAUUAAAUAAAAAGGCAUUGAGAAUUAUGACACCACAACAUAAUGAUGAAUAAAAUAAAGCUUUAUUGAUGGUUAUGAAAAACUUAUAAGAAGAAAAUGCCAAAUUGCAUAAUCAAAUUGACAAACUUAUAGAAGAAAGGAACCAAGCAUAAAAUUAAGUAUUAAUAAAUUAAUAAAUCACUGAAGAGGCUUAACGACAUGAAAAAGAAUUAAUCUUAUCAUUAUAGAAUAAAAUCUUAACUUUAUAAAAUAACCUCAAUAAAGCUGAAUAGUAAUUAAGUAAGAUGGAAUAACUCAAACCUGAAUACGAUGAAGUAUCAGGUAUUCUCAUUAAAUACAAAGAAAUUUGUGAACCUGACAAAAUUGCUAUCAAACUUCAUAAUCAAAUAGAAAUGCUAAAAGCUCAAUUGAUAGAUUAGCUUAAGAAGAAUAAACUCAUUGAAGCUGAAAAAUACAAACUACAAGGAUUUAAUUUAGUAUAAUAUUGUCCCUAUUGAUUUAGAAACUAAUGAGUAAUCUAGUUCAAAUGAAGAAUACAGCUAUGACAUAUCAUGGGAAUAAACUAAUCAUUCAAUAAUAAUAGACCAAUUAAGGACCUGAAUAAUUGAUUAAAUGUAAUCAUAAUAUUAUUAAUUUAGUCUAAAAUAAUUUAUUAAAUGUGAUUAACAAAGAAGAAAAUGAGAAUUCUUCUGAAAACGAAGAAAAUUCUUCAGUUGGUAGCUCACCCUUGAUGUCACCUCUACCACUGAAACAGGAGAAUUAAGUGGCUAAAUAAAUGAAGGAAGUUCCUAAAUUAGAUCUCACUAAGGCUAAAUAAAUAUAAGAGAUAAAUGCUAUAAGACAAAUCUAAUAGAUGUAGGAUAUGAAAAAGUAGAUAGAUCCCAAUAUAGCUGAAAAAAUCAAUAAGUAUGAGAGAUUGCUAGAGGAAUUGAGGAAGAACUAUCAAAGAGAGAUGCUAUUAAAUAAAACUCUUGAGACAUCAAAUAAUGAAUUGCAAAGGAAAUGCGAUGAUUUCGAAGUAUGUCAAUAGUUAUACUUUAGAGUUAAAUCUAAAUUCUCAUAAAUUCAAACUUAAGACAUCAAGAGAAAUUACAGAAAAUCAAUAAACAAUAUUAUUUUUUGCAACAGUUUUACAUCAAUAACAAAGAUUAAGUGACCACAACUCAAAGUCAUAAUCGAAGAUUUUCCUAAAGUCCAACAGAACUUUCACAGGAAAUGAUCUUGGAUACUUCGUUUAUUGAUGCAAACGAAGCCAUAAUAUCGAAUGAGUUACAAGAACAAAAAUACAUACAACAAUAGAUGUAAUAAUAACAAUAGUAACAAUAACAAAUUUAGUAAUUCUAAUAAUAAAACUUCUACUCCCUUUAUUCUCCAAUUAACAUUGAAGAUUCCAAAAAGUUUCUAUUGGGUCUGGCUGAAUUAAUUUAUUGUGGAUUGCAGGAGAAAAUAGAAUAGAUGCAACUGUAAUAGUAAGAACAAUAGAAUUGUCAAAAAGUGAAGGAAUAGAGGUUUAGAUCUAUUAGUGACAUAAUCGAUUACCAACAUAUAGGACUCUAAAAAUAUAAUUAUUUGUAACAAUAAUGA